UCGCCCCCUCCCGCCCCUCCUCCGCCUCGGUGCCCGGCGCGGCCCCGGACCACUAUGACCAUGAGAUCCGCAGUGUUCAAGGCGGCCGCGGCCCCUGCCGGCGGCAACCCUGAGCAGCGACUGGACUACGAGCGGGCUGCGGCGCUGGGCGGGCCCGAGGACGAGCCCGGGGCGGCCGAAGCCCACUUCCUUCCCCGGCACCGUAAGCUCAAGGAGCCGGGGCCCCCGCUGGCCUCCUCCCAGGGCGGUAGCCCCGCGCCCUCCCCGGCCGGCUGUGGCGGCAAGGGCCGGGGUUUGUUAUUCCCGGCCGGGGCGGCCCCCGGGCAGCAGGAAGAGAGCUGGGGCGGUUCGGUGCCCUUGCCCUGUCCGCCCCCGGCUACCAAACAAGCCGGCAUCGGUGGGGAGCCGGCGGCAGCCGGCGCCGGCUGCAGCCCCCGACCCAAGUAUCAGGCGGUGCUGCCCAUUCAGACAGGCUCGCUCGUGGCGGCGGCCAAAGAGCCUACGCCCUGGGCUGGGGACAAGGGUGGGGCGGCUCCGCCGGCUGCCACCGCCUCGGACCCGGCGGGACCCCCGCCACUACCUCUGCCCGGGCCGCCACCACUCGCGCCCACCGCUACCGCUGGGACCCUGGCGGCCAGCGAGGGCAGAUGGAAGAGUAUGAGGAAGAGCCCUCUCGGGGGUGGCGGCGGUUCGGGAGCCUCCAGUCAGGCCGCCUGCCUCAAACAGAUACUUCUGCUGCAAUUGGACCUCAUCGAGCAGCAGCAGCAGCAGCUGCAGGCCAAGGAGAAGGAGAUCGAGGAGCUCAAGUCCGAGAGAGACACGCUCCUUGCUCGGAUUGAACGUAUGGAAAGGCGGAUGCAACUGGUAAAGAAGGAUAACGAGAAGGAAAGGCACAAGUUGUUUCAGGGCUAUGAAACUGAAGAGAGAGAGGAAACUGAGCUAUCUGAGAAAAUUAAAUUGGAGUGCCAGUCGGAGCUUUCUGAGACAUCCCAGACUCUGCCUCCCAAGCCUUUCUCCUGUGGGCGGAGUGGAAAGGGACAUAAAAGGAAAACCUCAUUUGGAAGUACAGAAAGAAAGACUCCAGUAAAAAAGCUGGCUCCUGAAUUUUCAAAAGUCAAAACCAAAACUCCUAAACACUCUCCCAUUAAAGAGGAACCGUGUGGUUCCUUAUCUGAAACUCUUUGUAAGCGUGAAUUGAGGAGCCAAGAAACCCCAGAAAAGCCCCGGUCUUCAGUGGACACCCCACCAAGACUCUCCACUCCCCAAAAGGGACCCAUCGCCCAUCCCAAGGAGAAAGCCUUCGCAAGCGAGAUAGAAGAUUUGCCGUACCUUUCUACCACAGAAAUGUAUUUGUGUCGUUGGCACCAGCCUCCCCCAUCACCAUUACCAUUACGGGAAUCCUCUCCAAAGAAGGAGGAGACUGUAGCAAGGUGUCUGAUGCCAUCAAGUGUUGCAGGAGAAACUUCAGUCUUGGCUGUUCCUUCUUGGAGGGACCACUUGGUAGAGCCUCUAAGGGACCCAAAUCCUUCAGACAUUUUGGAGAACCUGGAUGACAGUGUGUUUUCAAAGAGGCAUGCAAAAUUGGAGCUGGAUGAGAAGAGAAGGAAAAGAUGGGAUAUUCAAAGGAUCAGGGAACAAAGAAUUCUACAACGACUGCAGCUCAGAAUGUAUAAAAAGAAAGGAAUUCAGGAAUCUGAGCCUGAGGUUACCUCAUUUUUCCCUGAGCCAGAUGAUGUUGAAAGUUUGAUGAUUACCCCCUUCUUGCCUGUUGUAGCAUUUGGACGACCAUUACCAAAAUUAACUCCACAAAAUUUUGAGCUGCCCUGGUUGGAUGAGCGUAGCCGAUGCAGGUUGGAGAUCCAGAAGAAGCAAACACCUCACCGGACGUGUAGGAAAUAGCUGUGCUGGCAAGAACUCUGUCUUCAGAUAGUUGUAGCAUGCCAUUCCCAGAGAGUGGCAGAGACCUGUAUAUGUGACCUAUGUCCUCAUGUAUGUUAUCAUUUGCUGAUAAUGCCCUUCCGUACUCUCUUGCUUUUAGUUUUGUUUUCAUCACUCUGGAUUCACAAAAACUCUUUCAAUGGGCUAAUUGUGAAUUAGGGUGAUAGGGAUUUCUUUUCCCUUUUUGGGGAAAUGAGCUCUCAAGCUAAAUCUAUAGGAUGGUAGAUUGGGAAGUUCCAGGGAUCAUUUCUACACAUUUGCCUAUGUUAAAGGUGUACAAGGGCUCUCUUCAUUCAACAUGUGGAAGAUGAGGCAACCCUUUCCAUUAGGAGCUAUGCCUGCCUGGCAUUCUUGCUCUGGAUACAUCCUAUGUAUAGUUUGUGCAUAGUGGUUUUUACCUUCACCAUGAGCUUUAGGACCAGAUGAGGAAUAAAUAACAGUGAAGUGAUAAAGCAAGUCGUCUUCACAGAAUAAGAUUGAAAUUGGAGAGUUGGUAGAUAAAUAUCUGAAAAGAUAAUUGUUCUCUUCAAACUAUUCUGUGAUAUAGUCAUAUAAGAAGGGAUGUGUGGUUGUGACUUUUCUUUAUUAGUUAAUGCUUAACUGAAGUUCUUCCCUCAUACCUCAAAAACCAUAAUCUUUGGAAAGGAGAAUGUGAUGUUCAUUUCAGACAGUUACAGUGCUAAACAGAAAAGCAUUUCUCAUGUGAGGAUGGUAUGCCAGAACCUGUACAUGUCCUAGUGUCACAUCACUUCUCAAGUAUGUCUUAGUUGGGUUUUAUCCUCUUUGCUGAGCUCUUGGUGGUGGGGUAGAGAUUUAAGGAGGGCAGGGAGUGCAGAAUAUGUACUUCCUUUGGCUGGCAAAUGUCUACAUCUUGAAACAAAUAUGUCUCUAAUGAGCUUCUCCAUUCAUUUUGUAAAAAAUAGAUUUGUAUGUAUACCAUCUUGGUCACCUUCCCCUGCCCCCAUUUUGUUAAAAAGAAAUGUAAAGACAGAACUCCCAGGCUACUUUGGUCUCAGUGCAAGAUCCCCAUUAACUAUCUGGGGAAAAAAAAAUAGAGCCAAGACCUCUGGUCUUAUAUAUAUAGGAAUUGCCUUUCUUUAGUCUUCAGGACUAUUGUGUGAAAACGAGUAGGGGUCUAAUCUCCUAGAAGGUAGGGGCUUUUAUCCUUAAAGAGAAUAUGUCCCCAGAUUAUUAGCACUUUUAGAGGAGAAGCCAAGGUAUGUAAGGUGUGUGGCAGGCCCAUCAAUGGAGCAUGAGAGAGAAUGGGAUAUCGUGAGAAGUUCCUCAGGGGCCUUCCACUGCUACAAGCUUUUUGUGAGAUGUUGAUCUGUGCUCCCUGGGUUUGACUUUGAAAAGAAUUAUUCUGGCAGCACGUGUAGUAUUCUUGGAUGACCUUGUUGCUCUUAUUUCUCUUUAUUCAUUUGUGUGUAUGAGUGUGUGUGUGUGUGUGCGCGCGUGUGCGGUUGUGGGUUUUCAUUUGUAAUUCCAUCUGCUUAGGAGAAUGGGCUCUAUAAGGGAACCUGCCAUAAGCUCCAUUGCAGCAAGGAUGUAAAGGAUUUAUUCUACUAGGGGCUCUCAUCUCACACCUUAACGAUAAGAUUUGUUUAAAAAGAAGAAAAGAAAAGAAACAAAACUGGGCCAGAUUUUUUUUGUUUUCUAUUAUUUUAAUGUGGCAAGCUGUUUAGCCUUCCUACUCUGACCUAUGUUGUUUUUUAUAAUGUACCCCCAAAGGAAAAUAUGCUCAUGUCUCUUUGCUUUGUUCCUGUAUUUCUCUCAGUUUCUUCUUGAUUUCCUCAUUUGUCAGAUUCCUAAUUUUGGGUGUGAAUUAACAAAUUUAGCCUUUAUGUUUCUGCCCUAUACAUGGAACUCCUCAGAUACUUCUUUUGCUAGACUGAGAGGAAUCCAUGAGGUGCUAUCUGGCCAGACUUAAAUGGAUUUUAUUUCCUUGGUUCUCCUUUAUUUUACUGCCCCCGUUUCUAGAUCUUCUUUGAUUUGGAUAUGUUGGGGUUUGUUGAGAAUGAGGCUGGACAAAGUUUAAAGAGUGAAAUUACAGUGUGUUAGAGCGUGAGGGGAAAAUUAGUCUUAUUUUUCCCUACAUGGGAUAUAACACUGUGAAAUUCAGUCUUUAACUGAAGACCCUGCAAUUCUCCUAAAACAUAGUUCCUUAUUUCUUUAACAGAGUUUAAGCUAGUGUUAAUAAAUUAAGAGAAAUUGCUUGUCUGUCCACCUCAGCUUUGUUUUAUGCCCAUUUCAUAUUGUUGUCUGUGUUGUAAUUCAUACUUUUGAUACCAUUUCUGAUGUGUAAAAUUGGUUGUCUUGUAAAUAUCUUAUAAAGAGUUCAAUUGUAAAUAAACUAUUGUGGCUGUUAA